AUGCUCUGCAUCUACCGGCGCGUCCGCGCGCUAAACGCCCACGCACCACUCCCCGGCCGCGCGCUGGACCGUAUCCUCGCGCUAGCGAGUCGAGGUCUCCGCGCAGCCCGCGCCAUGGUAGCUGCUACCUGUGCGUGGCACCAGGUGGCGAACGUGCCGUUCCAGGUUGUUUGUACGUUGUUGGCGAUUGACAAUCGGGCAGCGCUGGCGCUGUUGCCGGAUGCGAUGGCUACGCUGAGGGAGGUUUUGGCGGCGUAUGAUACGGCUGUUAUGCGGGAGGCGUAUUCGACGGCGUACUUGCUUAUUGCGUUGCAUCAGAGGAGGAAGGAGGAUGAUACGAGGGCUUUGGGGGGAGUAUCGGUGCCGGUUCCUGUGUCGGAGGUGCAGCAGUCUAAAGGGGAUGCGCGGUCCGAUGAGCUUGGGUUGGGGAGGGAUGAAGAUGUGCAAGCAACUGUGCAGACUCAGGUUCAGACGCAGGCUCGGGCGCAGGAUGUGCUGGGUCCUGUGUCUGAUGCGGAACUUUCGUGGUUGGGAGAUUUGAUGAUUGAUAUGCCCAGCUUGCAGAACUUUGAUCUUGACCAGUUUCUUAUGACGGAUGUGCCGUGGCCGCUGCCGGAGAUGGGAAUUUAA